AUGACAGGCACACCGACCAAUGGAGCAGAAUCAACACCCAAAAAUGAACCUAUACGAGACAGACAAGAGAAUGGCAAAGACAGUCUAAACUUGGAAACCUAUUGGGAUCGGGAGCCUCCAGAUGCCUCUUGUCACAUCUCAGGAGAGGCCCCUUCUCACAGUUCUUUGAGUGGCUUCUUUGGUGAGAAUGAACAAAGAUGCUUUAGAGAAGGUUAUCUCCCUAAGAGACAGGAACACUUCCAAGGUAAGGAGAGAGGGGAACAGCUCUCUCUUCAACAGAGGGUUUCUGGAAAACAGCUAGACCAUUGUUUACCUGAUUCCCACUCAAGAGACUUGUCUGUGCUGUGCCUCGAGCAGAAGCAAGAGGUUUCUCUUAAGGACCAGCUGAAACCUCCCACAACUCAGAAGCUCCCUACCUGCAGAGAGGGUGGGAAAACCUUCUAUAGGAAUUCUCAGCUUUUGUUUCACCAGAGAACUUAUACUGGGAAGACAUCUUUUCAGUGCCCCACCUGCAAGGAAGCCUUUGUGCGGCAUUCAGACUUUGUGAAGCAUCAAAGAAUCCACAUAGGAGAAAAGCCUUGCAAGUGUAAUCAUUGUGGGAAAGGCUUCAAGGACAUUUCUGCAUUACGGCACCAUGAGAAAAUCCACACAGGAGAGAAACCCUAUAAAUGUUCCCUCUGUGAAAGGAGUUUCAGUCACAGGUCCCACUUUAAUAGACACCAGAGAGUCCACACAGGAGAGAAACCGUAUAAAUGUCCUCUCUGUGAAAAGAGUUUCAUUCAGAGCUCAAGUUUUGAUAGACAUCAGAGAUCCCAUUUAGGGAAGAACUUCUCUCCGUUACCAGACUCUACCCUUGUCUGUGUCUGUGCAGUGACAAAUACUGAGUUUUUGUAG